ACGCCGAAUCACGCGCGCCGAGGGCCCGGUUCCUCCGCGCAAGCGCGAGCACUCCGUUCCUGCCGCUAGGGUUUCGCGAUUACCCCAGCUCUCUUACGGCGAGCGGGACUCGGAGGAUGCGGCCCCGGCGCCUCCUCCGCCCAAGCGCUGGCUCUCCGUUCCAGCUUACGGCGAUGGGAACCCCAUGAAUGUGACUGUGGCUCCUCCUACGGCACCCCGCGCCGAGGCUCCGGUCCCUCCACCUCGCAGCGCGUACGCUCUCCGCAUCCGCCACGUCCCCGAUACCAGCAAGCGCAAACCCUACAUCCCCGCUCCAAAGACGGAAUGGGAGGAAGAGGAACUUGAGCUUGAUCGACCAUGCUCUUCCAGGAAUAAAGCUAAGGAACCUGAACCUUGGAAGGCAAUAUCAUGUGCACGUGCGGGUCUGGAACACUACAACAGCAUGAAUCAGGGGGAUGAGCAUGAGCUGAUUAAAGCAGUGGGGGUCCAUUCAUUUAUCUGGUGUGGUGGGUGGUUACAUGCAAAUUUCAUUGCUAGGCGUGAUGUUGCCAAUAAUGUUCCCAAGUACUCAUACUUCUUUGCUGAGCUGGAACUUAAUGCAUAUGGUCUGUCGUGUGCUUCAUGCGUUAAACUGGAUUCAGUUGAACCAAAGAACCUUGGUAGCUGUGGAGUGUGCCCAGGAAAAAUCAUGCACCCUGCUGCUGGUGUUUAUCAUGGUGCGAAGGAUUAAAGAACCUGCUGCUGCCGGUGGUCUAGAGAUUGCAUUUAAUUUCUGAUGAGUGUUGAGUUGGUAUAAGCAGAUUGUGAAGAAUUGCAUUGCACUUUUAUGUUCAUUCUGUUCCAUGUAGCGUUACUGUUAAGGUUUCGUGUAAUGUAUCGGAUUUGCAAGAUUAAUGCGGUCUUUUUUGUUCGA